GGGGAGUCUGCAGCACUAAGGAGCCUGCUGCUCAACCCACACCUCCGACAGCUGAUGCUCAGCCUCGAUCAGGGCGCCGACAAGACGCAGCUCAUGAGAGCCUGCAUGCAGGAGCCCCUGUUCGUGGAGUUUGCGGACUGCUGUUUGCGGAUCGUGGAGCCGUCCCAGGACGAGGAUUCCUAAGAUGGAUUCUUGGGCUGCUCGCUGGAACGUGUGCUUGACUCCUGGGACCUGCCCGCUACCCACGGGAGAACGGCUAGUGCGGGGCCCUCAGCAAGGGUGCUGACUUCCAGGCUGGCCGACAUAGGGUGGGCUGCUCAAAGGCUUUCUCUACAGCACGGUAGGCGUGGGUUCCAGGCAAGAGGAUAUUCGAGGUGACAAACCCUUUAUGGAGGGAGAACUUGACAUUCAGAUGGUAGUGUUUAAAUACUUUAAUUUUGGUACAGUGUAGACAUCACACAUGAUUUGUCAAGUCUCAUACCCUAUUUGAAUGAAAACUUGCUCACCGUUGCUAAAUAAAAUCAGGAUAUGGUGAUUCUA